AUGAAAGAGGAUCCCACCAAUCCCUCCUUGGUGUUGCCUGGGAACUAUUUCUGCCCUCCUUCCGAGGAGCCAGAGGAGGCAGAAAGGAGGGGGAACGAGCCCAUAUUUGGGACACUGGACGUUAUGGGGUUAAUGCCUGUGGGGUCAUCGCAGCAGCGGAGGUCAGGUGACCCUGAGAAUGUGUACACUGAGCCUGGCGCUGCCAGUCCCUCCAUCAACCCCUUACCUAAACCCCAGCGCACCUUCCAGCACCACACCCCUCCCAGCACCCCAGCCUCAGGACUAAGCCUGGGCAAGGGGAGACGUGACCUUCCCCCUCUGCCCUCCAUCCCCCCGCCUCCCCUACCCACCUGCCCCCCGCCAGAAGUCUGCAGGAGACCCCGGGCAGACCGAACCCGAGACAGCAUUAACAGGAAGUCCUAUGAGUUUGAGGAUCUGCUGCAGUCGUCAGAGAGCAGCAGGGUGGACUGGUAUGCUCAGUCCCGACUGGGCCUCACACGCACUUUAUCAGAGGAAAAUGUCUACGAGGAUAUCCUAGACCCUCCGUCAAAGGAGAACCCUUACGAAGAUAUAGAGCUGAAGAGAAGUUGCCCUGGAAACAAGCGCUCUUUACCCAUCUCCUCUCCCUCAUCCCUUGUCCCCGACACACCGGCCAAGCUCUCCUCAAAGCCAGGUUUCUUCAGGCAGAACUCAGAACGCCGCAGCUUCAAGCUCCUGGACCUGCGUAAGACCAACCGGGACACCGGCAUCUCCUCGCCCUCCCGCAUCAGCCCCCCCUCCACCCCCAGCAGCCCUGACGACACUCCCAGUCUCUCAGGAGACCCCUACAACCGCAGGCGCAGAAAGAUCCCCAAGAUGGUGCUGAAGAUCAACGGCAUCUUCGAGUUGAGGAGAGGGAAGAAACGCAUGAAGAGGGUGUCUCAGUCUACGGAGUCCAGCUCAGGGAGAGUGACCGAUGACAACAGUGAGUCCGAGAGUGACACAGAGGAAAAAUUGAAAGCUCACAGCCAGCGUCUGUCGUCGGUGCAGUCCAUGUUGAGGCAGACGGGGCGGUUCCGGACCCUGGAAAGGGGCCUGAUGGACCUACAAGAGAGGAAGCUGUUUGAGUACUUUAUAGUGGUGGCACUUCAGAAUACCAAGGCUGGAGCUCCUUAUCUACCAGAGGUCACUCAGCAGUUCCCCCUCAAGCUGGAGAGGAGCUUCAAGUUCAUGCGGGAAACAGAAGACCAACUGAAGGUCAUUCCUCAGUUCUGUUUUCCUGACGCUAAGGACUGGGCCCCCGUUGACAACUUCCCCAGUGAAACGUUCUCCUUCGUCCUGACUGGUGAGGACGGGAGCAGACGGUUUGGAUACUGUCGUCGUUUACUGCCCAGUGGUAAAAGCCGGAGGCUGCCAGAAGUCUACUGCAUCGUCAGCCGGCUGGGCUGUUUCGACCUCUUCUCUAAGAUCCUGGAUGAGGUAGAAAAGAGGAGGGCCAUCUCUCCAGCCCUGGUGCAGCCCUUCAUGAGGGGCAUCAUGGAGGCUCCAUUCCCCGCCCUGGGGAGAACCAUCACUGUGAAGAACUUCCUACCUGGCUCAGGCACUGAGGUGAUAGAGCUGUGUCGUCCGUCUGACUCUCGUCUGGAGCAUGUGGACUUUGAAUGUCUGUUCUCCUCUCUGUCGCUGCGUCUGCUCCUCAGAGUCUUCGCCUCUCUGCUGCUGGAGCGUAGGGUCAUCUUCACCGCUGACAAACUCAGUACUCUGUCUCAGUGCUGCCAUGCGAUGGUGGCUCUACUCUACCCGUUCACCUGGCAGCACACCUACAUCCCUGUGCUGCCCCCUUCCAUGCUGGACAUAGUAUGUACCCCCACCCCCUUCAUCGUGGGUCUGCUAUCCAGCUCCCUGCCCAGCCUCAAAGAGCUGCCCAUCGAGGAGGUCCUGGUGGUUGAUCUCGGCAACAGCCGCUUCCUCAGACAGCUGGAUGACGAGGACUCCAUUCUGCCUCACAAGUUGCAGGCUGCUCUGGAACACGUUCUGGACAAGAGGAAGGAACUGGCCAGUGAGAUGCCCACCGACUCGAGCUCCCUCAGCAUGGUGGUGUCGGAGACCUUUGUACGUUUCUUCGUGGAGAUGGUGGGCCACUACCCUCUCUUCAUGAGCGGGGGGGAUCGAGAGGACGAGUCUGGAGCCCCCUCCUCGCCCACCCCGUCCUGCUUCCAGCGCGAGGCCUUUCGCAAGGCCGUCACUUCCAAGAGUCUGAAGAGGUUCCUGGAGGUCUUCAUGGAGACCCAGAUGUUCGCUGGGUUUGUGGCAGAGAGGGAGCAGCGCAGGCAGGGUCUAAGAGGUUUGUUUGAGGUGAGGUCACAAGAUUACCUGGACUCUCUACCAGGGAGCGAACAUCGUGGGGUCAACAAGUUCCUCAAGGGUCUAGGAAAUAAGAUGAAAUUCCUGUCCAAGAAAUGAUGCCUCGGGAGGGGACUCCAUGAGAGGGAGCAUGUUCAAAAGAGGCAGAGAACAAAACACUUUGUCUAAGGACCCAAAGUCCCUGUGGAUAGCAUGAAGAAGGGGAUUGUGUGUCCACAAGCUUAAGGAGACAUUCUGGGCAAGGACCGAACACUCUUGGCAAUAUUUGGACUAAACAUGAAGGACUUUGGAGGGUGUUGGGGUUUAGCAAUCGGACCAAAAACAUUCAUAUUGUCGCAGCCCCAAAGACACAGACCCAUCAAGGAACGUCAUUCUCCUUUGAGGUCUUAUCAUUCCAGAGUGUGUCUCUGUUGCACCUGAGAGCUUACUUUUGUAAACCUGUCGGCCUUUAUAGUGUACAUUGAUGUACUGUAUAGCACAGUCCAUUUCCAUUCCUAGAGUUGGGAUAGAAUGACUCCACCCACAAACCUGAAAGACUCCACUGUUGCUGGGUGGGCCAAAAGACCAUUCCAUUUUGUACAGUACCGUUUAAACAUUCCACAUAUUUCUAUUGACUACAACUUCUAUGUUAACAGGAGGCUUAAGUUAAUUUAUACUGUGUACUUUUUAGAAUAACUUUUGCUUCCAUUUUCCCUCCUUCAAAUGAAAGCAAAAGAAUAUCCUGUAGUUUUGUGAUGGGCGUUAUGUAGUCUGUAUGGAGGAGGGGUCGUAGACCACUGGGUUACUAUUGAGGGAAUAUACAGCAGUGACAGCGUGAACUAUGGAUUGGAAUGGGUGUAAUCCAAAAAAGAGAAAUGAUCAGCAAAUCAUACCUUGGAGAAGGCAAAGUAGGCCUACAACAAAUCGAUAUGUAAUUGUAAAACACCACUAGUUUUGCCUUAAACCUGAUUUGAAAAUGUUAUGAAGCAAAUAAAGUUAUUUUUAAUUAA